AUGAUUCCUUGCGUUGGACACGUUGCGGCGAAAACAAAAAUGAGAAAACUUGCCGAAACCAGUGUAUGCGUAAACGUUGCUCAAGUUGAGGGCUCAAAGGACCAAAUAUCCAUCGAAUCAAGUUUUUCUGAUCAGAAGUUCCAAGACAGCAAACUUCAGUCAAGCUAUUCCAUCUGGCAUCUGCUUUCCCAACCCCAACAAAAUUCGAACAGUGUUCCACAUGCAAAUACUUCCGUUGAUGCCCCUAGGUUAGAGAUACUCAACAGUGUAGCCUAUGGUUGCUCCAGAGCACACACAGUAGCAGCUUUAUCGUCUCCUAUAGGUGUCACCGGGAUUCACAAUGCAUACACCCCAGCAUACGUUGACUCUGGGAGCAAAUUACAAACAAAUCAACAGCUUCUACUACAUAAUUCAUCAAAUACCGAAGCCAACUUGUCGGACAUGUGUAAGAAGACAUCAUCCGAAACAACGUGGCUGCCCAGCCAAUUGAAAGACAGUGAUUCAAGCCGGAGCUUAGCUAAUAUGUUGGUUCACCCGAGCGUUUGGCUUGCAUUUUUGCUGAAAAAUUGCCCUGUAGAAGUUCCGCCCUUAUGCGCUCCACCAAUUUCAAACCAUGGGAGCUUUAAUACUGAAUUUGGUUUACGCGAUUCAACUUCGGACGUACAAAUGCGUCAAAUAAAAGAUCCAAAGUUGGAUGGAAUGGAAUCGUACUCUGAUGGUGAGAAGAAAUCAUGCACUAGUGAAUCCGCAGGGUGUCCGGAGGACAAGUUAAAAUGUUUUGGACCACCCAGCCCCUUCACCUUGAACAUUUUAAGGAGUUUGAAUGAAAAAAGGGUGGAAUAUUUCAUGCGUCUCGGUGACCCUAAAAAACUAUACUCCCAAGGUCUAUAUUGUUCAGUCUGCGGAGACGUCAGCAGUGGUAAACACUAUGGAAUACUGGCUUGUAAUGGAUGCAGUGGAUUCUUUAAGAGGUCCGUCAGACGCAGGUUGAUUUAUCGCUGUCAAGCAGGUACGGGUCUGUGUAUUAUUGAUAAGACUCAUCGAAACCAAUGCCAAGCAUGUCGAUUGAAGAAAUGUCUUCGAAUGGGAAUGAACAAAGAUGCCGUGCAGAACGAGAGGCAGCCUAGGAACGGUGCCCGUAUCCGAGUGCGCAAAGACUGCACCUCUGACCUCAAAAAUCGGGAAGAAGCAAAAAAGAUGCAUUUAAACAAUGUUUAUUCCAUCAACGACAGUGCUGACGUGUUACAACUUAUAUCACAAUUAGACGGCCAGAUUACUGUUUCAGCGAAUCCCCCUUGUCCGAACUCAUUUAAUCCGGUGGCCGCAAUACCGAACAAAUCAUCUACAACAUUAGAAAAUAAUGGAUCGAUCAAAGGAAUCAAGGUUCCGAUUUCGCUCUCAUCAUUAAUGGGUGAUCCUGAAGCCAAAAGUGUAUGUAAACCUGCGGAUUCAGAGAAGCGUCAGAAAGCUUUCCCUUUACACAAGAGGCGACACACUGGAUCACGAACUGCAUCGGAAUCGUCAGGAUUCAUUCCAUGUAUAACCGCUUCUGACCAUUCCGGAUCCAGAGCAUGUGACUUUUCAAAGCCAAAUGAAUCCAAUGGAAGCAUACAUCCUAUUGCGCUUUCACGGAUGGCGGAAAAAUAUACCGGACAAAAUACUUUGCAGUUCCACCAGCCAGCCGCUGGGCCUCAGAAAAGACUUCCUCCGAAAUAUCUCCAUAAGGUGAUGACUAAAUUUAAUGCGAUGAAGUCAGAUAACCAAAGAUCACUGCAUUCUCCCGAAUUCUACACACAAUUAUCCAGAUUUCUUACCAUUCAUCCAAAUUCUAUUCAAUCUCCGAGCUGCCCUGUUUCUAUCAACGACCCAUCAAACAAUUUCUAUGAGAUCACCACGGCAUGCUCGUCUUUACCAGUCUCUGGAUUUGUAUCCCACAUAAAGGGAACCCGAAACCGAAAUAUUAAUUUCUGGAAUAAUUUUCCUGAAAAACUCUGCUCAGAAGGUGUUUUAUCCGACACGAACAAAUCGCUUACAAUCCCGCAGACUCGCUAA